AUGGUUCGAUCACAUUCGAAGAUCACUGUCGCUGCUGCCAUUUUUGCUACUAACUACUCAUCUACAACUACGCCACCAGCACAACAUCACCCACAACCAACACCACAAUCACCGCCUCCACUACCUCUGCUACCACCACCGCAGCCACCUGAUCGACACCACCACCCUCCAUCACCGCCAUCUCCCCCAUUGCCAUCAGCAUCGCUGUUAGUGCCACCACUCUACCCUCCAACACCUUUUCCACUGUCAUUGUUGCUAUCUCCACAACCACCACUACCCUCCAUGACUGCCAUCACCACCUCCACUGUUGCCACCACUACUAUCAUUGCCAUCUCCACCGCCACCACCACCCUCCAACAUCACCAGUUUCAUAAGGCUAUGAAGGAAUCUAACCUGACCAUGGGCAUUGCUCUUCUGAAGAAUAGGCCCCAGGACGUCGGCAUAAGGAUACGAUCUAUCCGGGCACGAGAGGAUAGUUUGGAUUACUCUGAUGAAUCACUUUCAAUGAUCGUUUGA